GCUACAUCUUUCAUCGAAUGUUCAUUCUUCCCUACCUAACUUCCAGAUCAGCAUGGCAAUUAUUUAGACUGGCUAUCUGGGCAUUCUACCUUCACCCAUAGCGGCCUCUCAAUCUUCCGGAACGCUCUGCUCGGUUUCGCGACAAUCCAGUAUCUGACUAGACUGCAGAAUACUGCUAUAGAUGGGCAUAUAGCAACGGGGCGCAAGGAACCGGGCGAGGGCAUGCAAUAAGACCAUGCAGCCAUGUUUACGUUCAGCCCUUUGCUAGGGGCGCUUUCCGAGUCACCGGCGUCGCAAUCUAUCCUCGAGCUAGACGGAGGCAUCAAGAUACUUGUCGGCGUUGGUUGGGAUGAAUCCUUUGAUCCUGCUAAGCUCAAGGAGCUGGAAAAACAAGUCCCGACCCUCUCCCUGAUCCUCCUCACCCAUGCGACGACCGAACACAUCGCCGCUUUCGCCCACUGCUGCAAACACUUCCCUCUCUUCACUCGCAUACCUGUCUAUGCGACAAGCCCCAUCAUUGGACUUGGUCGCACUCUCCUGCAGGACCUAUAUGCUUCAACGCCAGCUGCUGCUACUACGAUCUCGUUAGGUGACCUCGAGGGUGUAUCAUACUCGGGUCAAGAUGCGUCGUCCGACUUCCUUCUGCAAGCUCCUACCCCCGAUGAGAUCGCUACUUACUUCUCCCUCAUCCAUCCUCUAAAAUACUCGCAACCUCAUCAGCCUCUUGGCUCCCCUUUCUCUCCUCCGCUAAAUGGUUUAACCAUCACCGCGUAUAACUCGGGCCAUACACUAGGUGGCACCAUUUGGCAUAUACAGCACGGUCUUGAAUCUAUUGUAUACGCUGUAGAUUGGAAUCAAGGACGUGAAAAUGUUUACGCCGGCGCUGCAUGGCUGGGUGGAGCUGGUGGUGGAGGUGCAGAGGUCAUUGAACAGUUAAGAAAGCCUACCGCACUGGUGUGUAGCAGCCGCGGUGGUAAAAAACCAUCUCUCUCUGGCGGCCGAAGUAAACGAGAUGAGCAACUCCUUGACAAGAUAAGGUCGUGUGUCGGUAAGGGUGGAACAGUCCUCAUACCUACGGAUUCAAGCGCCCGUGUACUAGAGCUAGCCUAUCUACUAGAACAUGCAUGGAGAGAUGAUUCAUCUAACAACGGCAACCUCAACUCUGCGAAAGUGUAUCUGGCAGGGCGCAAUGUUCAUAGUGUCAUGAGAUAUGCUAGGAGUAUGUUGGAAUGGAUGGACGACAACAUUGUGCGCGAGUUCGAAGCUGUUGCUGAUGGGUCUAAACGAGCGAACGGGACAGGAGACGGGGCAAAACAAGGGAAAGAAGUUGGCCCUUUUGACUUUAGGUAUCUCCGUUUACUGGACAGGAGAGGGCAGAUCGACAAGGUGCUUUCGCGUGAUAACGGCAGCAGCACCUCUACCGGCAAGGUCAUUAUUGCCAGUGAUGCAAGCCUCGAAUGGGGAUUUUCGAAAACUGUGUUGAAGCAGCUCGCCGAGGACCCUGCCAAUAUGGUCAUUUUAACCGAGUAUCCGUCUUCAGCUUCAUCAUCGCACCCAUCACUGGCGAGAACUCUCUGGUCCUGGUGGAAGAAUCGCCAGGAGAGUACUACGGAGAGCGAGCCAAAUGGUGGGGUCAUCCAUGAACUAGACUUCAUAGACACUCAAAAACAGGCUCUGGAAGGCGGCGAUCUGGCCCGAUAUCAGCAAUGGCUCGCUCAACAACGCCAGCUGCAGACGACUUUACAGGGUGGCGGAGUAGCUACACUAGAAGCGGCUGGAGAUGUGGGAGAUGACGUUUCUGAGUCAUCAUCCGAAUCGGAGGACUCAGAGAAUGAACAACAAGGCCGGGCUCUGAACGCUGCGACGACCCUCGGCCAGGCGGGAAGGAAGAAAGCUGCACUUACUGACGAAGAUUUGGGCAUUAACAUACUAUUAAAAAAGAAGGGGGUUCAUGAUUUUGAUAUAACGGAUAAGAGAGGAAGAGAUCGAAUGUUUCCUAACGCGGUACGACGAAAGCGUGACGACGAAUAUGGCGAAGGUAUCCGACCAGAGGAUUUUCUCAGAGCCGAGGAGCGAGAUGAUGGAGAUGGCGUUGACAUGGACCAGCUCGGCAAGGGUGAUGGCCACGAUAAUUUGGGGAAGAAGCGCAAAUGGGACGACGCCGCACCUGCGAACAAGAUCCACGGAACUCACACCAAUAAGCGACCAGCGCUGACACGAACCAUGACUGAUGAGCUUCAAGUGGCAUACUCGGAUGGCGGGUAUGACGACGAGCUGGACGCAGUCCCAGAUGACCCAGAUGAUUCAGUGAAUGGACCGUCAAAAUUAGUGGUCCAGACGGAAAAGAUUGUAGUCAAACUCCAGAUUGACUUUGUCGACUUUGCCGGUAUCCACGACAAGCGCAGCCUCCACAUGCUUAUACCUCUAAUCCAGCCUCGAAAGCUUAUCCUCGUAGGCGGAAGCAGCGAAGACACAAUGACACUAGCUUCGGAUUGCAAGAAGCUAAUGGCAGAUGGUUCUUUCGACAUAUACACUCCCAACAUGGGAGCUACUGUUGACGCAAGUGUUGACACCAACGCCUGGGUGGUUAAACUAGCCCCAACCCUGUUGAAACAAUUGAAAUGGCAGAGUGUCCGUGGAUUGAGCAUUGCGACCGUCACCGGCCGACUCCUCGCCGUACAGACGCAACUCGCACGAAACGACGAUGAAGAUACGGCAAACAAACGCAUCAAAACUGAAGAUUCGCAAUCAAGCGAACCGAUAGAAACUCCGGUGGAGCCAACUCUGGAUAUCUUGCCUAUGAACAUGGCAUCAGCAACCCGCUCCGUGGCCCAACCACUUCACGUCGGCGAUCUACGACUAGCUGACCUGCGGAAAGCGAUGCAACAAUCCGGUCACACGGCUGAGUUCAGAGGAGAAGGUACGCUGCUGAUCGACGGCUCGGUGAUGGUCCGGAAGACUGCCACCGGCCGCAUCGAUGUCGAGAGCAUUGGCUUCGCUGUUGGAGGGGGUCCGGCGAGCCAGAUAGGCGGUUCAUUUUACGCUGUCAAGCGCACGAUCUAUGAGAAUCUGGCGGUGGUUGCGGGGGCGUAAGGGUGGGGUUGAUGGCGAUUUGAUCUAAGUUGGCGCAUAUCUCAUCUAGAUGUAUUUAUCUAUGUGUAGCAUUACGAAGUUAAGCAUCCUCGCGGAAUAUGAUCGUCUUGGGAGUUGUAGACGAGUGGCACUUUGGAGAGUAGCUUUUAUAGAGCGUUGUUCGGCUUUGUAAGUGCCUUCCCUGAACUCAUGUCGUUGUCUAGUUCUGAGACCACGGGAUUUGAAUUGCUCUGCCAACGUAUUGUAUUGUGUGUGUGUGUGUGUG